UGUAUAGGCGCAGUGAUAUAUAAAAAAAUUACAGACAAUAAGGCGCACAUGAUUUUGAAAAUAAACCAAAAAACUUCAAACGAAUGGAAUCUUCUGCAAAAUGUUACAUGGUCAGCAGAGGGUAAUGACUUUAGUAUUUUUGCUUAUGCUGGCUACACCUUUAUAAUUGCGGUUUGUUUGUUGGACAGACUGAUAAAUUUUAAGAAAGCGUCUACUUCAACGGAUACACUUUUCUUGCGUUUCGGUGUCAUUAUAUUUGUCGUGCAAGGCAUUAUGGUGUUCUAUUCGGUAGAAUAUGUGCCAGACGACAUUAGAAUCAAUGCAAUUGUCUUAGGAACUCUAUCAUUUUUGGUAGCCAUCUUGUUUUUCUUAGAGGAUUGUCUUACCAUCAAAGGAUAUGAAACAUCAAAUAAAAUAAUACAAACAGAAAAGAUUAAACCGAUAUCAUCGAUCCCCUUAAAACAGACAGAUGAUAAUAUACUCCAUACUUAUGUAUAAUUAUGUUAUUAU